AUGUUACAGCUGUCUCAACUUCGAAAUAUACAUGAUCAUCAUAGCAAGGUAGAGAAUAACAGCUCAUCAUCUAUUACCAUACCAUUGGUGCCGGAGCACGGAAACCCUCAAGCGGACGGUGUGCAACCAGAGUCACAUUCAACAGAGAGCGUCACUUCCAAGACAAGACCUCCGCCAGAACUUCCGCUUUUCUCGUCAACUGCCAAUUGGCCUAUCAGUUCAAUUACCUUGGAAAUCCCGGCUGCCUUCCCUGUACCGACCAAAAUCGAGAUUCAGAAUGAUGAAUCAACCUCAAGUAACAUACCAAUCCCAACCGAAACCGUCGCCACCGUUUUCGAAGCAGAGUUUCCGUUUCAAAAUGAUCUUGACCUUGACUUUCCGAGUCACGUAUUGAAAGCUCUGAGCAAUGAGAAACCAUACAAUUAUCCAACAAAUGGAAAGCAUACAUAUGCGUACGCUACAUUCAUGGCAACCCGGAACCCGUCCAUCAAAGAUCCUUACUUCAUGGCCAUACAUUCUCUUAUCUACAGAGUGCUAUGGUCCCCUAGAUCACGGAGCGAAGGAUACCCUUUCAUAGUGUUUGUCGGAGACUUCGUUACUAUGGAGCAGCGAGAAUUGUUGGCGGGGGCCGGAGCCAUCGUUCGUGAGCUAGCACCACUCGAAUGGAAUCCAAAUACACCUGGUGCACAACACCGUUGGAAGGACUUGUUUGCGAAACUCAACAUGUGGAAAGAGACGGAGUUUUCACGCAUCCUAUUCCUAGAUGCCGACGCUUUUCCCACCACAAAUAUUGACGAUAUGUUUGAACUGGGAGUGAGUCAGCAUUGUCUCGGCUCCAAUCUGGAACCGGAUGACUAUCUUCUAGAUGGCAGCCCAGUGUGUGAGCCAUACGUGUUUGCGGGUGUUCCUCAGAAUCCAUUCAAUGAAACGAAUCGGAACAUCAACGUUGGCAGUAUGGUUUUCUCUCCUUCAGAAAGGAUGCAUCAGCGACUGUUGCAGAAUUACGUCAAGACGGACAGAUAUGAUUGUAUGAUGGCUGAACAGGCCUUUCUAAACUGGCAAUUUGCCCCCCAAGGCGCGUUUCCCGCAACACAAUUAGACAGGGCGUAUGGUGGAUUUUUCCCCCAGGAGGAUGAAGAAGGGAAGUUGAAGGUUAUCCACGAAAAGCUAUGGGCAGAUGACAGAAUGUGGAUGAAGCGGGAGUGGCUAACCCAAUGGGAAGAGAUGAUACAAUUCUACACAAGUCCGGCAUUCCUUGAAUCGAGGGCGGCCAGCCUUGGUUUAUUUGAAACAUUGGAGUAA